UGUGGAAUGACUAUUGGAAUUUAGACAUCUAUAAAUUAGGGAACCCUAAAACCAGAAAAUCACACGCACCCAGGAUGAAGGAGAAGCAGACCAGAAAAUCACACGCACCCAGAGAGAAGAACAAUCCAGUUUCAAUCCCUGAUGAGUUAGUUUUUGAAAUACUCACCUACAUUCCCGUCAAAUCUCUACUCCAAUGCAGGGGUGUUUGCAAGAGAUGGCGGUCUAUGAUCUCCGAUCCAUCGUUCAUCGAGGCCCAUCGAUCCCGUUCAGCUACCACUCUCCUCAUCUCCUUCCCCGACACGCACCGCCCUCGCAGGAAGCAUCAUCUCUUCUCCAUAAGAGAUGGAGAAGCGCGCCAACUCUCCGGAUCUCGUCACUGGAAUACUUCUCAGUCCGUAAACGGCUUGAUUUGUCUCUACGAGCAGCACGAUCGUUCGUUUCCGAAACUAUCCUUUCGCGUGACUCUCUGCAAUCCUAGCACUCGAGAACGCGUGACUCUUCCACCCACACGCUUCUCAAACCCAGACUUGUGUUUCGACCACCAGCACAUCUCUCUAGGGUUCGACCCUUCCACCAAGACCUACAAAAUCCUGAAGGUAUGGUUCGAAAGAUUCAACAGCAUCAUGUGUGAGAUUCUCACUCUGGGCAGCCGCGCAUGGAGAAUCAUCAAAGAUGGCCUAGAAUAUACAUUGGAAGCAAAGGGGAUUUGCCUCAACGGGACUAUAUAUUGGGCCGAUGCAAGGCAUAUAUCUGAAGACUAUCCUCACUUUGUCGUCAUGCAGAACAGAGUGAUAGCAUUCGACGUUGGAGAAGAGAAGUUCCGAUCUGUUCCCGUCCCGCCGGAAGUCCCCAUAUGGGAUAAAUGCAUGUCGAGCAUCAUACAAAUCGGUGGGCACAUGGCCAUUGCAGACUACCAACAUGUGGCGACAGGCAUUAGUACUGUUAUGCUAAUCUGGAAAUUGGAGGAUUCUGUAAAUGGGAUCUGGAGCCAGAAGAGAAUUCUGCUGCCUGAAUCUUGGAUACACAGGUCGGUACCAAACCCAAGAUUGUGUCAUUUCUGCGUUGCUUCCAGUGAUGGUGGUAACAUUAUAUUGAUUCCCAGCGGGUUUUUUAGAGACUUUUAUGUGCUUCACUGUAACGUAGAGGAAGGGCGUCUGUGGAGGGAGGCUAUACGUCGGCCACCUCAGGAUGAUUGGGAUUCUCGUUCUUCAAUUGUUACUUCUCGUCAAGUCUGUGAGUAUGUGGAGAGUCUGGUUUCUUUGAAGGAAAUUUGCAGGUUGUAGUGGUUUUGAUUCCGGCCCUUCUGAGAGGUAAGGAAUUUUUUUAGUUAUUUUUCUUCAUUUUUUUCUUUUCUUCGCAAUUUGUUUUUAUAAUUAAUCCAAAUAUAAUACAAAAACAAAAAUCUUGCCCCAAUUGAUUUCUAUUAUAUUCA